AUAAUGAUCAUCAUAUAAUUCUUAUCCCGACAGAACAAGAACAUGGGUGUUGCUGCUGUUCCUCUUUCCAUGUCUCUCUUCAGUUCCACCAAAUCCACAUUCUUGUUCUCACACUCUCCCAAAUUUCGAAUACUUAAAGUUAAAGCUAAUGCCACAAACCUUAUCACAAACUCUGAUUGGUUCCAAGUGGGUAGACCCAUUGGAAACUAUGGCUUCAUGAAUGUCACUACUAGUACUACUGAUCAAUAUUCAUUUCAAGGUGGAUUGAAAACUCAAGAUGUUCAAGAAGGAAGUGUCAGAAUCAGGCUUUAUGAAGGCAGGGUUUCCCAGGGUCCACUUAGAGAAACCCCUGUUCUUUUUAAGGUUUAUCCCGGAACACGAGCUGGUGGGGUUGUGGCAGAUAUGAUGGCUGCAAACGAGUUGAAUUCCCACAUGUUCCUUCAAAACAGUUCUAAAGGUAUUAGUCAGCAUGUUAUGUUACUUUUGGGUGGGUUUGAAACAACUACUGGAGAACAGUGGCUUGCUUUUCGUGAUUACGGGAAAUCUAGUGCAGCAGACUAUGCAAAAGUUGCGAGUGAGAAGCUGUCAAAACUGUCUACAUGGAAUACCUAUGAACGAGGACAGACAAUGAAAAGAAGACGACGUUUCAUUAUAAAGCUACUUCAGGGUGCUUUGCGAGGUUUAGCUUACAUGCAUGAUCAUGAUAGAUUACACCAGAGUCUCGGACCAUUUUCUGUAUCUCUCAACACAAUUUCAGAAAGAGAAGCUCCCUAUUUGAUUCCAAGACUUAGGGAUUUAGCUUUUUCUGCUAGUAUCAGGUACUCAGAACUAGAAGAUUCAGGACCACUUACGGAAGGUCUCUGGGCACGAGCUUCAACAGCUAGUGCAUUCAGUUAUUUAGAGAAAAGAGCUUUUGGAAUAGCCGAUGACAUAUAUGAGGCGGGCCUUCUUUUUGCAUAUUUGGCUUUUGUUCCAUUUUGUGAAGCUGGUGUAAUGGAUGGCCUUUCCUUGCAAAGACUUUUAGAGAACACUUUCCGACUUGAUCUUGAAGCAACACGAGAGUACUGUAUAGCAGAUGACAGUUUAAUUAAUGCCAUUGAAUUCCUGGAUCUAGGUGAUGGUGCUGGUUGGGAGUUGCUUCAGGCAAUGCUUAAUGCCGACUUUCGAAAGAGACCAACUGCAGAGGCUGUUCUCAAUCAUAGGUUUAUGACUGGGGAAGUCCUUUAAAUUUCAAGAUCAAAAGAAUAUGUCUGUCGCUAUGAAAUAUAUCUACCACAUGGCUCGCCGUGCCUGUAAAUAUUCAUUUUUUGGGGGAAUAUAUGUAUAUCUUGAAUUUGCAUUGCUUUUUCAGAAGCAGCAAUGGUAUUGUAAAUAUUUAUAAUCUGAUAUACAGGCAAGGUUAUUUCAACUAA